UUUUCUUAAAAUGUUUGUACAUUGAAAUUUCAAAAUGGCCGCUGUCUGCAAAAUAAAAAAGAAAUGAAAUUGAAAAACUAAUUUACUGACAAGUUUUUCAUCUGAGGACAACAAUGACAGAUAUCGAUGACAAAAUUUCUGCUCAAGUAGCAAACACUGUCGCUGAAAUACUGAGAGGUGAAGCUAUAGAAGAAGGUUUUGCUGGUUAUAUCAAGCAUACCCCUCAAUCAUUACAGAAAAAAUAUGAAUAUAACACAGAACUGCUUUCAAAAUUAUGGACAAAUAUUCCACAGGAAAGCCAUAGUGUGGGACUUAAAACUUAUAUUAAUAGUUACUUUGAUGUGAAGAAUGUCAACAGGGUUGAUCUAUUGGCCAGUUUGUUACAAACAUUGGCGGAGAAAAAUGUUUUACAAUCAAAGUUGAUCUGUGAGACAUUGCUGGACCAUGAGAAGAUGGUGUAUAUGAAUGUUAAACCUUUCAUCAGAGCCUUCCAGCUAAUCAGAAAGCUUGUGGGAGGAGUUGACUACAAGGGUUGUCGUGACUUGUUGAGGAUGAUAUUACAUAAUCAUAACAUUGAGACACAAAAUGCUAAUAUUCUACCCCAAGUCGAGGCCAUGAUAGCAGUGGUAGCAUAUAUUCUUGACCGCAAGGUAUGUCUAUUACCAAGCUACCUAGCGGUCAAUGAGAUUACCAAGAUGAGCCCUGAAAUAAAGAACUGGCCUCAUUGGAAGAUGGGCAGGUUGCUGUCAGAAUUUGUCUACAGUUUCAGACCAGUAGCUCAGAUGGUCACAAUAUCGGGGAGAUCCUAUCUGUUGCCGGUAGUUGGACAUUCUGUUGCCACAAAUAAUGUGUGGAGAUUGAACUCGAAAGAUCUGAAAUUCUCACUCAGUGGACCUCUGCCUUACAGUAGGGAGGUACAGGAACCCCAGUCUGGGUUGCUACGUUAUGUUUUAGAACAACCUUACUCACGAGAUAUGGUGGGCAGUAUGCUUGGACUGAACAAACAGGUGAAACAAAGGUGUGAAGUUCUAGAGGAACAACUGGUGAACUUGGUAGUCUCCGCCAUGGAACAUUCAGAGAAUCUAGAUUCCUCGGCAGACCCAGGUUUGAGCCACCUCCUCUGGCAACACCUAUCAAGUCAGCUUAUAUACUUUGUGUUGUUCCAGUUUGCAUCAUUCCCACAUAUGGUUAUUUCAUUAUAUGAUAAAUUAAAAGAUAGAAAGUUGAACAAAGGGAGGGACCAUUUAAUGUGGGUUUUGCUACAGUUUAUCUCUGGAAGCAUACAGAAAAACCCUUUGAGUGAUUUUCUGCCAGUAUUGAAGCUGUAUGAUUUACUGUACCCUGACAAUACAACUAUAGCCGUACCAGAUGUCUCGAAAGCUAGCUCCACCCACACUGUGGCAGCUACGUGUAUCUGGAUACAUCUGAACAUGAAGGCCAAUACGGACAAUGUACAGUUACAGAGACCAAUACCACAUGCUCUAAGAGAACACCAGGAGGCACUCGGACAACAUCUAGAGAGUUUAAAACAGAAUUUAGGAAACAGAAGUUUACCAGGGAAUGACUACAGAAUCCCAUUACUCUGUAAUGCUUACAGCACUAACCCCCAGUUGUUCAACUUACCCAUGAGUAUAUUAGUUGAGAGUAUCUGUGGUAACAACAGUAAAAACACUUGUUUCCUACCUGGUAACUUAGUGGCAGCCCACCCGACACAACCACUAUCCAUGAACCUUCUGGACUCGCUUACAGUCCAUGCCAAAAUGAGUCUGAUCCACAGCAUAGUCUCAAAGGUGAUUCGCCAGGCUAAAAGUAAGAGCACAGCAGCUCUUGCACCGGCUUUAGUCGAGACCUACAGUCGUUUGUUAGUCUACAUGGAAAUAGAAUCUCUUGGAAUAAAAGGGUUCAUAAGUCAGUUACUUCCUACUGUAUUUGCGAGUCAUGCCUGGGGUAUUCUUCACACUCUUCUGGAGAUGUUUAGUUAUCGUCUGCAUCACAUACAGCCUCAUUAUCGAGUUCAGCUUCUAGGUCAUCUGCAUACGUUAUCUACAAUCCCAUUGACCAAUCAGAAUCAACUUCACCUUUGUGUUGAAAGCACUGCCCUUAGAUUGAUCACAGGGCUAGGCAGUGCAGAAGUGCAACCCCAGUUGUCUCGAAUCUUCAAUGAACCGAAGACAGCCGGUUUCCUGUCGCAGGAUUCUGAGGAAUUGAAUCGAGUUCUGGUUCUUACCCUUGCUCGAGCAAUGCAUGUAACGGGAUCCGAGUCAUUCUCAACAAACUGGUGCAAGGACAUCCUGGCAACAAUUAUCCAGAGUACACCACACUCCUGGCCAUCACAUACUUCCACCUGCUUCCCAACAUGCCUGAAUGAAUUCUUUCAUCAAAAUCCCAUCCCUAGAGAAGAUAAGGUUAACCUAAAGAGAAAUGUUGAGACUGAGUACAAGAAAUGGAGAAGUAUGGCUAACGAGGCAGACAUUAUCGCCCAUUUCAGCAUGCAAGGCACUCCACCGUUAUUCCUCUGCAUCAUUUGGAAGAACCUUAUUGAUGAUAGCAGAAUUGCUCCCAUAGCCUACAGAGUGCUUGAAAGAAUAGGACCAAGAGCUUUGUCCGCUCAUCUACGCAUGUUUUGUGACUUCAUUGUAUACGAGUUCUGUCUCGCUGGGAACCAGAGUUAUUUUACACGAUACAUAGAGGCGAUCAACGACAUGGUGUGGAAAUGUAAUAUUCUCACAAUUGACAGACUGGUUCUUUGUUUGGCUCUACGAAACCUGGAGAAUAAUGAAGCUCAGAUUGCUUUCUACAUCAUUUACCAGAUUCUGGUGCGGUCAUCUGAUUUUAAGAACCGGGUAGCCGACUUCCUGCGGGAAAAUACACCGGACCAUUGGUUACAGAGCAAUUGGCAUGAUAAGCACAUGACGUUCCAUAAGAAUUAUCCAGAGAAGUUUUUCUAUGAGGGAAUACAGGAUCUGAAUAGCCCAAUACAGCAUCAGUAUCUUCCGGUGUACUUCGGCAACAUCUGUUUACGGUUUAUUCCGGUGCUUGAUAUUCUCAUUCAUCGAUUGAUAGAGAUGUCUUCUGUACAGAAAUUCCUGGAGAGCAUUCUGGACAAUUUGGGCGGGCUUUAUAAGUUCCAUGAUCGACCAAUUACAUACCUGUACAACACAUUGCAUUAUUACGACAACAAGUUGGCUAACAGGUCAGGUCUUAAGAGAAAGCUUGUGGGUGCCAUUAUCCGAGCACAUCAGGAAAUUCAUCCAAACAACUGGUGUCUCACAGAAGAUUAUCAGAGGUACUUACAGAUGUCUGCCGAUACUACAAACUGGAUACCAGAGCAAGAUUACUACAUCCGUUUGAUUGGCAGGCUGGUUGAAACUAUAGAUGGUCAGUCACCAUUUCCCAGCUGUGAUUGGCGAUUUAAUGAAUUCCCAAACCCAGCAGCUCAUGCAUUACAUGCGACAUGUGUUGAACUAAUGGCUCUACCAGUUGCCAGUCAGAAUGUGGGGGUGGCUAUCCUAGAUGUUGUCUUGAAAAGUGCUUCACAACUUCCUAGAGAGAAACUGAUGGGAUGGAUGAAUGCGGUGGGUCUCGUACUUACUGCUUUGCCCGAGACUUACUGGAAUGUCUUAAAUGAACGCAUCAUUGAGACGAUGCAGAGUUCACUUCUCACAAACCUGGGUCGCACUUUCUUUGAGAUGUUCGACUUCCUCACAUGUCAGAGUAUGUAUGUAGAAUCAACAUGCACUUACGUCGUGGCUCUUGCACACGCGGUAUGGCAUCAUGCAGGGAUCGGUCAACUGAGUGUUCUUCCCCAGUUUGUCAAAGAAAAAAUCAAAUGUUGUAUUAAGACAGAGGAGCAGUUUCUCUUUCUAUUGUAUCUGAUAGGACCGUUUCUGUCCCGGUUCCACAUCGAGAGAACAAGAUGUCUGUUAGAUUUAACCGUUGAACUGUAUGAGAUCUUAGCAAACAUUGACAAAUCAUGCGACCAUCUUCAUCACAUGGACAUUAUCACUGAUUUUCUGUACCAUAUUAAGUACAUGUUUGUCGGAGAUGGCGUAAAGAACGAGGUGGAUAAGGUGAUUCGAAACCUGAGGCCCGCUCUGCAGUUACGUCUUAAGUUCAUUUCUCACACCAAUGUUGAUGAAACUCCGGUUGCUACCCCACGGGAAAGCAUUUCCUCUGCAGGACUCGAGUCAAAAGGAAAAUAUUUCGGUGAAUGAAGUGCUAGUGUAAAGUCAAGUGUGACAGUGCUGUCAUCAUGUUAUAACAUUAUUACAUGAGUGCAUCAGAUGCGCAGUUUACAUUGAAAUCAUGUUCCAUUCAUUUUGUUCCUAUUGACAUCUAUUGACCGUUUCUUAUUGUUCAUGGAUUUAUUUAUGUGUGUUAA